AUGUGGUCCAAAACCAAAAACAUCGGCAAGAAAAACUUCGACAAAGCCUGGGACGCUCUAGACAAGCUCGGUGCGCCCGUGAACCGUCUUAGCAACAAGCUUGGCUCCGAAGCCUUCUGGCCGAUGACGCUAGACAAAGAAAGCGAGAAGGUCGCUCGCAUUCUGCGAAGCUUCUGUAAAGAUGGAGUUUACGUCGAAGAAUCCGCACAGUCAACGCCUCCGCCGACACAAGGGAAUAAUGCCUCUAAAAAGCAAAUCGACAAACCGGUUGGAAAGCCGAAAGUGUUAAAGAAGAUCCCAUCAGAGGUUAUCCGACAGGCCAAGGGUUUGGUGAUCUUCACUGCCAUGAGAACGGGGCUAUGGUUCAGCGGUGCUGGAGGCAGCGGAAUCCUGCUGGCCAGGGUCCCAGAGACUGGUGAAUGGAGUGCACCCUCUGGGAUUCUGCUGCAUACGGCAGGACUCGGGUUCCUCGUUGGCGCAGACAUUUACGACUGUGUCAUGGUGAUCAAUACAUACGAGGCGCUGGAAGCUUUCACGAAGGUCCGCGUUACCCUGGGUAGCGAGAUUAGCGUCGCUGCCGGUCCUGUUGGAAUAGGAGGAGUGUUGGAAUCGGAAGUGCACACCCGUCGCGCACCCAUCUGGACAUACGUCAAGAGUCGAGGUUUCUAUGCCGGUGUGCAGGUGGACGGAACGGUUGUUAUCGAACGAAUGGAUGAGAACGAGCAAUUUUAUGGCCGGAAGAUCCCUGUCCAAGACAUCCUGAAAGGCCAAGUUUCGUCUAAUCAUCCUUCGGUGAGGAUGUUAAUGCAUACGAUUCACUCGGCGCAAGGCGACAAGCCUUUCGAUCAGGCUCCCGCUGGAAUGCAGGCGCCCACGGGACCGAGCCCUAGCGACUAUGUACCGGAGGAGCUUGCCCAAAGCCACGUGGCUGGACCGACAGCAGGGCCGCCAAUGGGACCCCCAACGGGGUACUCAACGGGACCUCAAGUGCCAGGAGGGCCAACAGGGCCAACAGCACCACAUAGCGAUGGACUGGCGAUGGAAUAUUAUGCUAGCGGGGCACAACAAGGUCCGCCGCCUAGAUACUGUUAG